AUGAUUGCAGUUAGAGAUUCAUUACAACCUUCACAAAGGAAAGUGUCUGAGAAGAUUGCACCAAAAAUAUCAUCAACUCAAGAGAACGCGACCACGAUGAAAAUCAAUUCUGUUGAACAUAAUGAUGAAGCAAAAUCCGCGGAUGGUGAACUUAGAAAGGAGUCGAAAUGCUCGCUGCAAUAUUGCCUCCUUUGUGAAAUAAUGAAAUCCGAAUAUGUGCAAGAGGCACUUCGUCGUGCGGCUCCUGAUUUAUAUGAAUUGGCAAUGGAUAGCGUGAGUGAGGUGCAUUGA